AUGGCCAACGCUGGCUACACGUCGCCGUUCCCCACGUCCCACGAUACCAUCGGACAGUCGACACUGGCGACACCUCUGUUCAUGCCUUCCUCACCACCUCGGCACCAGUCUAGUCCAACACCCCCAAGUCCCAUCUCCGAGCGUUUCGAGCCCGAACAUGAAUAUGAUGACCACAAUGAUGACCACGAGCACAAGCACGACACAGAAAACGAGGAUGAAUUACAGAACGUCUCGCGCCCUUCAACGCCAGGAAGUCUGAGUAGAUCGGAUUUAGAUGCGCGCCUCGCUGAAUACACUCUGGACUUUGGCCAAUUUCCCAGCGGUCACUUUGCAGAUGGGGAAGAGAUGCCGCUUCCGGAUCUGAAGUACGAGGAGGAGGAUAGACUUUCUGACGUGGGUGGUCCGGAGGACUUCACGGCAAAUAUGGAGAAAUAUUUGAUGGGCGAAGGCAUGUCGAGUACGCGCAAAGUUCGUAUUAAUGAGACAGGCGUGGAGGCCGGAUCCGUGUUGCGAUCUUCUUUACGAUCAAGACAGCCAGCUGUCGAAGAGGAGCAAGACUUGGGGGAAUACAGCGAGUUUGGGCCACCAGUGGAUAUGUCUACUCCGUCACAUAUGUUGCACAGGACCAGUGCCCUCGCCAGAGACUCGACUCACCUUGAUGAUAUCGAUGAGGAGGAUUCCAACGACGGACUACCAAGUCCGGGAUCCCCGUCAUCUCGUAAGAUGUCAAUUGCAUCGAGAGAUGAUGUGCUAGAUCGAGAAGAGCGUUUACAAGAACGUAUCGCGCAAUUAGAAGAGGAGGCUCAAGAUCGAGAUGACCAGCUUCUCAAAAAUCGCAAUCGUUUAUUGGAGGCAGCCUCGGCCGGUGAACAAAUUCGGCAUCUUCAGCUAGAGCUCCAGCGCAAGAACGAUCAGAUCGAAGAGAUGGGGUCCAAAGAAAGCGAUAUGACAAAGCUGCGCGAGCAGAUUCAGUCAAUGCAAAAUCAGGCUGAGGAGCAUCACGUCUUUCAGCAGUCUAUUCCGAAAGUUCCGGACUUUGGUCCGAUUGAACAGCAGAUUCGUGCCAUGCAGCAAAAACUUCAGAAUCAGGACUCGCAGAGCUCCUUGGAUACGGAGCGACUAGAGACAAUCUCCCACCUACGGCAACAACUCAAUCUUGCCCAGGAGCAAGUGAAGAAACGUGACGCCACCUUGGAUGAGACACUUGCACGGUUGAGAGAGGUCACCCAUGCCAAGGAAGUACAACUUCGAGAAAAGAAUGCGGAGAUCGACCGCAUCAAGUCAGAGCUUGACAACCAGGCUCUGGAGAAUGAGAGACUGGAUACCGAACUAGAUCGUGUGAAUGCUGAUUACCAAGCUCUCGAGAAUCGACUCACCAGCCUUGAAACCAAGAACCUGCCUCUGGAGGAGAGGAAUCAAUCCCUGGAGGCCGAUCUUUCUCGUGCCCAGUCUCAGGUGGAAGCUCAAGAGACUGCCCUAAAAGCUGUUGCUGCGGACCUGCCUAUGAGCAGUCGCAGUACUUACAGUGAAAUCUUGGACCUGAUCAAGGAUCUGGGUCCUCCUGAAUCUGAACUGGAUCCUGGAUCUCCCAUGCAGGCUAAAUUCCCAGUGAAUACAGAUGUUCCCAAUCUGGGAGACGAAAUUUCUAGAAUCCAGCAAGAGCUCCAGGACGCCACAGCGGCCCAGAAAGCCGCAGAGGUUGAAGCUAACCGCCUCCGAGAACAAUCAAUUGAAACGCAGAACCUCAUUAAAACCAUUGAAUCCGAGAACCUCCGUCUUGCCACCAGAGUUGAAGAGCUGACUACGACGCUCAACAAGACACAACAUGACCUAACUCGGACACGAGAAGAGCAUGCUGAAUCUCUUGAAACCAUCGCUCGCCUGCAAGAGGAUGCAAUUGGCCAGCCUCCCAGCCCACCUCCAUCUCCACCAAAAUCUCAUGGCGCCAGCAGCGAGCAACCAAACACUUCCGAUGUGGCUGCCUUGGAAGAAUCCCACCAAGCGCAGAUCAAAAGCCUCCAGACAGCUCACUCUACGGCUAUUUCAACCCUCCGCUCCUCACACGCUGAGUCCAUGCGCAAGAUCCGUAAUCUUCUUACGGCUGCUGAAGAACGCGAAGCUAAUCUUCGUGUCGAUCUUACUGCCUUGCGCACCUCCGUAUCCAGCCAAGAAUCCCAAAUCCGCAAAUCCUUCAAAGCAGAAAUCAGACAUCUGGAAGCGGUUAUCGCCGCCAAGGAUGAAACUGCAGCUGCUAUUGACCAGCGUAUAGCCUUAUCGGUUGAUAAGCGAGAACGGGAGUGGGAGCGUCGCGUGGACCUCCUUCUCAAGGAGCGUGAUCGCAUGGCCAAAGCAUUGAUGAUGUACUGGGGAGAGAAGGAGAUGGGUCCUGGGCCAGGUGUUCUGGCGGAAGGGAAGAGCCACCGUCGCCGUGAUGGAGACAAGGAGACGAAGCAAGGCCAGGCAUAUCGGUACAAGUAUACGAAGAGCCGGUCUAAGAGUGGAGAAAGCAAGGUCUAA